AUGGCGAUUUGCAUCAUGUACUUCACCAACGCGCUCGCUCCCACCAUCCUCUUUCCGUUCCUGCCGCUCAUGGUCGCCAGCUUCCACGUCACCGACGACCCAACGAAGCUCGGCUACUAUGCGGGGUAUCUGGGCUCGUCCUACUUCGUUGGGUCCCUCCUCAGCAGCUCCUUCUGGGGCAUCUUAUCAGACCACUGGGGCCGCAAGCCAGUCUUACUGAUAGGUCUAGCGGCCAACAUGAACGUGAGUCGCUGUUUCCCAAUGCAUGCCCCUGUCCCAAUUCUCUCUUCCAUCUCCCCAUCCUCUCAUCCAUCUCCCCAUCCUCUCAUCCAUCUCCCCAUCCUCUCAUCCAUCUCCCCAUCCUCUCAUCCAUCUCCCCAUCCUCUCAUCCAUCUCCCCAUCCUCUCAUCCAUCUCCCCAUCCUCUCAUCCAUCUCCCCAUCCUCUCAUCCAUCUCCCCAUCCUCUCAGCAUCCCCAUCCUCUCAUCCAGCCCCAUCCUCUCAUCCAUCGCCCCAUCCUCUCAUCCAUCUCCCCAUCCUCUCAUCCAUCUCCCCAUCCUCUCAUCCCUCUCCCCAUCCUCUCAUCCCUCUCCCCAUCCUCUCAUCCCUCUCCCCAUCCUCUCAUCCAUCUCCCCAUCCUCUCAUCCCUCUCCCCAUCCUCUCAUCCCUCUCCCCAUCCUCUCAUCCAUCUCCCCAUCCUCUCAUCCAUCUCCCCAUCCUCUCAUCCAUCUCCCCAUCCUCUCAUCCAUCUCCCCAUCCUCUCAUCCAUCUCCCCAUCCUCUCAUCCAUCUCCCCAUCCUCUCAUUCAUCUCCCCAUCCUCUCAUCCAUCUCCCCAUCCUCUCAUCCAUCUCCCCAUCCUCUCAUCCAUCUCCCCAUCCUCUCAUCCCUCUCCCCAUCCUCUCAUCCCUCUCCCCAUCCUCUCAUCCCUCUCCCCAUCCUCUCAUCUCCCCAUCCUCUCAUCCCUCUCCCCAUCCUCUCAUCCCUCUCCCCAUCCUCUCAUCCAUCUCCCCAUCCUCUCAUCCCUCUCCCCAUCCUCUCAUCCCUCUCCCCAUCCUCUCAUCCAUCUCCCCAUCCUCUCAUCCAUCUCCCCAUCCUCUCAUCCAUCUCCCCAUCCUCUCAUCCAUCUCCCCAUCCUCUCAUCCAUCUCCCCAUCCUCUCAUCCAUCUCCCCAUCCUCUCAUUCAUCUCCCCAUCCUCUCAUCCAUCUCCCCAUCCUCUCAUCCAUCUCCCCAUCCUCUCAUCCAUCUCCCCAUCCUCUCAUCCCUCUCCCCAUCCUCUCAUCCCUCUCCCCAUCCUCUCAUCCAUCUCCCCAUCCUCUCAUCCCUCUCCCCAUCCUCUCAUCCCUCUCCCCAUCCUCUCAUCCCUCUCCCCAUCCUCUCAUCCAUCUCCCCAUCCUCUCAUCCAUCUCCCCAUCCUCUCAUCCAUCUCCCCAUCCUCUCAUCCAUCUCCCCAUCCUCUCAUCCAUCUCCCCAUCCUCUCAUCCAUCUCCCCAUCCUCUCAUUCAUCUCCCCAUCCUCUCAUCCAUCUCCCCAUCCUCUCAUCCAUCUCCCCAUCCUCUCAUCCAUCUCCCCAUCCUCUCAUCCCUCUCCCCAUCCUUGCAUGCAGCACAGUGGCUGAGCUCUGCCCAGCACUGGGCGGCUUCCUGUGCGAGCCAGCACUCAAGUACCCUUGGUUGUUCCCCUCGCACUCUCUCUUCGCCCGCCUGCCCUUCCUCCUGCCCUGCGUGCUGCUCGCCCUGCUCUCCCUGCUCGGCCUCCUCGCCACCGCUGCGCUGCUGCCAGAGACCAAGGGGUGGGCGCACCGAGUCAUUGACAUAGACUCUGAGAUUCGACCUCAUUGUGCUGAUGCUGAGAGUCCUGUGACUCCUGUCUGGGGCGCUGGUGUGGGAGAAGGGGAACUGCGGGAUGCCGGAGCUGAAACUGACGGCAUGGCCACUGCUAAUGGCUUCUGCUCCCCCUCCUCUCAUUUCCACCCCUCCUCCCGUUUCUCCUCCUCCUCCCGUUUCUCCUCCUCCCGUUCCUCUUCCUUGCUUCUCUGCUACGGCCUGCCCCAGAUGCCGUGUCUCUGCUGCUGCCUUCAAUCCCCCGCUCUCUCCCCAGUGAACCUCUUCUCGCCUCUGUGUGGCCAGCAGCUUGCACGCGCUCUCUUUGAUUCUGCUACAGUGAAGGCCUUUCUCUUCCUCUCCCUGCUCAGUUUCGCUACAACCUCGUUUAACGAGGUCUUUCCUCUCUGGAGCCUCACUGAUUGGAGGUUCGGAGGGCUCAGCUUUGGCACGAACCAAGUUGCCAUGGCCCAAACCAGCGCUGGAAUAUGCUCUGUAGUCACAUGGCUUCCCUUCAUCCGCAUGUUCGGCCAAGGCAGUGACUCCACUCUGAUCGCUGCCUGCCUCUCCCUCGCCCUGCGAAGUUUUGCGCAGUGUGUGUUCACGUCGGGUUUCAUCUUUAUCAACAACAGCAUCACGGAUCCAGCUCUGAUUGGCGCAGUCACAGGGAUCACUCAAUCCAUCAAUCUCUUUUUUAGAGCAAUGGCUCCUGCUGCUGGUGCUUCCGUGUUUGCAUGGAGCAUCAGUGAGGUGCUCAUGCUCGUCUUUUUAACGAUGAGCUCAUUAGAGGAGAUGGGUCCUGACGAGGCUCGGCUCCUCGUCACUCGGCAUAUGUUCAUCAUCGGCAACGAGUUCUGCGAGAGAUUCUCCUUCUACGGCAUGCGCGCGAUCCUCGCGCUGUACCUGAACGAGAGAUUAAAGCUGUCGCAGGCGACGGCGACGGAGAUGGUGCAUCUCUUCAUCGUCGCCGCGUACCUCGCUCCCCUGUUUGGCGCGUUCAUCAGCGAUAGCUACCUGGGCAAGUACCGGACCAUCCUGUACCUCUCCUUCAUCUACUGCGCCGGCAACUGGCUCGUCGCCUUCUCCGCGCUCCACGCCACGCCGUCCGCCGCGCUUCCCUGGGCCGUCGCGGGGCUAUCAUUUCUCGCGUUGGGCAGCGGCGGUAUCAAGCCGUGCGUGUCGUCGUUCGGCGGCGAUCAGAUCGAGAUGACCAACCCUCCCGGCGCGGCUCGGGACCGCCUGGUUCGGCAGUUCUUUUCGUACUUCUACUUCGCAAUCAACGUCGGGUCCGGGAUUUCCACGAUCGUCACGCCUCUGAUGCGCGUUAACCUGUCGUAUAGCGCCGCGUUCGCGCUGCCGGCCGUGCUGAUGAUGGUUGCCACGUGUCUCUUCUGGCUCGGCAGCGGGAGUUACGUGCACCAGCCGCCCGCGGGGAACGUGGUGUCGGAAGUCCUCUCUAUAAUCAUCUCCGCUUUAUGGCCGGGGAAGGCGCGACGGAAAUCCUACCCCACCCUGGCCAUGGCCAUGCCCGUGCCAAUCCCAGAACGCCACGCCAGCUGCGCUGACGUGGACAGCUCCCCGCUGCUCUCCAGCAGCCCCGCGUUGUUCGGCGCGGGCCGGGGAAGCAGCCUCCAACCGGGAAGCCCGCUGCAAGGCGGCCAAUCCGAAUCAUCUCAGGCCCAGACUCAGCAGCGGAAGGGCAGCCAUCCGACGCUGCAGAAGAAGCUGUCAAAGCGGGGCAGCAAGCGGGCCAUAGUGCCCUUGGGAUUUGUUCCCAAGGCGCACUGGCUGGACCCUGCCAAGGCAGCGCACGGGGAGGAGGCGGUGGAGGACGUGAAGCUGCUGCUGCGCGUGCUGGCGCUGUUCGCCCCCGUGCCCAUCUUCUGGUCGCUCUUCGACCAGCAGGCCAGUAGAUGGGUGUUUCAAGCCGAGCGCAUGGACGGGCAUUUCUGGGGGAUCACGGUGGAGCCGGAUCAGAUGCAGACCAUGAAUGCAGCGCUCAUCCUGGUCAUGAUACCGCUGUUUGAUCAAGUAAUCUACCCUACCUGUGAGCGCCUGGGCGUGUCCAUCCGCCCCAUCCGCCGCAUGGCCACCGGCAUGACCCUUGGCGCCCUCAGCUUUGCGCUCUCCGGCCUCCUCCAGAUUUGGAUCGACGCUCGGGCCAGGUCUGGCUCGCCGAGCCUGCUUCUAGGCUCGGCAGCAGUGACCGCUGCUGCUGCAGCUGGGAGUGCAGGUGCAGGGGAAGGGGCUGGGAGGGUGUUACUGAGCAUGAUAGGGGGUAACAUGACAGCAAGUGUUAGCAGCCUUGGCGGCAUGAGUAUGAGUGGUAUGAGCAGCAAUGCCAGCAUGAUGAGCAAUAUGAGUGGUGUUUCUGGUCCAAUAAUGGCUGGUCCUAUGAUGGACGGAUGGGGGGGUGACCUGAUGGCAAUGGGAGGCGCAACAGCAGCAGCGGUGGGCUCAGCAGGAGCAGCAGCAGUGGAAGCACUGGGAGGCUUAGCAGCAGCAGCAGUGGCGGGGGCAGCAGGCAACAGCAGCAGGCACGUGCUGCAGGCGUGUGGGGACCCGGGCAGCCCGCCAUGUGUGUCACUGGCAUGGCAGGUGCCACAGUAUGUGAUCAUGACGGCCGGGGAGAUCCUCUUCAGCAUCACGGGCCUUGAGCUCGCUUACUCCCAGGCGCCUGCCAGCAUGACGGCUGUUGUCACUGCCUUCUGGUGCCUCACUGUGGCUGGAGGCAAUCUGUUUACGGCGGUGGUAGUCGGGACUGUCGGCUCGCAUCUCACUCAACAGUACGCAGGAGUUUUUCUUUUUCACCAUCAUGUGCCUCAUCUCCACCGCACUACUACUCUACGUUGGCAAGGUGUUGAGGGGCAUAGUGCCCCAGUGGCUGUGCCUGGUGGGUCGGGCGUGCGGCACGAUGCGCUGUUUGAUAUUGAAGGGGCGGGGAGUGUAAAUUCGCCGCCUGCUUCGUACACUGACACGCCUACGAGAACGGAAGCCACAAUGUCGGAAGAGACGCAGAGCCUGACGGGAGCCGUUGGCUUGGCGACAAAAACUGGCGGAUGGAUAAAGAAAGAGGAAGUGAAGAAAGCGGUUUCCAGCUAUGAGAACUACCACGAGAGCUUCGGAGGGAGCGACAGCGCGCGCAAGUCCAACUAUACCGACAUGGUCAACAAGUACUACGAUCUGGUAACCAGUUUCUACGAAUACGGCUGGGGCGAGUCGUUCCACUUCGCUCACCGGAUGAGGGGCGAGACGCUACGGGAGAGCAUCAAGCGACACGAGCACUUCCUGGCGCUCCGACUGGGGCUUGGCCCCGGAAUGAAGGUAUUGGAUGUGGGGUGCGGCAUCGGCGGGCCUUUGAGAGAAAUCGCACUCUUCAGCGGAGCCACAGUAACGGGGCUCAACAACAACGAGUACCAGAUCUCCCGCGGCAAGGUGCUGAACAGGCGCCACCGUGCACUGGAAGCGUGUGGGUUCAUAAAGGCGGACUUCAUGAGCAUCCCCGUGCCCGACGCCUCCUUUGACGCCGUCUACGCCAUCGAAGCCACCUGCCACGCCCCUGAUGCCGUGGGCUGCUACAGCGAGGUGAAGCGAGUGCUGAAGCCGGGGCAGUGCUUUGCAGCGUAUGAGUGGUGCCUCACAGACGCCUACGACCCCAACAACCCCCAGCACCAAGAGGUCAAGAGGGAGGUGGAGCUGGGGAACGGGCUGCCAGACAUCCGCACCACGGCGCAGGUCCGCCAGGCGCUGCUGGACGCCGGCUUCGAGCUGCUGGAGGCAGCAGACCUGACGGAGACGGCAGAGGUGGCAUGGCACAAGCCGCUGGACCCCAGCUACUUCUCGCUCUCACAGUUCAAGCUCACCCGCCUCGGCCGCUUCCUCACCACCACCCUCGUCCAAGUGCUGGAGAGGCUGCGGAUUGCGCCAGCUGGCAGCUACCGCGUGCAGAAGUUUCUGGAGAGGGGGGCGGAUGCGCUCGUGGAGGGCGGCAAGAGAGAGAUUUUUACACCCAUGUAUUUCUUCCUUGCUCGCAAGCCUCUGUAG